CAGCUCCAUUUCUAUUCAUUUUACAUGACUUACCUACUUAUCUCCGGUCACGAUUGGAGGUGUGUGUGUGUGGUUUAAAACCGGCACCACAAUCGAUUUCGGAAAGACCCGGACCUGGUCCGCGACGUCAUCAGCGCGCGCUCGGUUGUUCGAACUCGUCAUCAUUUUACAGUGUACAGCAGGGGGCGCGCACUGUUCAGCACUGUCUGCCGGCUGUGUGUUUCCGGCGGAAGGGGACACUUUGGGGUUCGACGAUGGAGGCCUGCGUACUCAGUCGGGCUCGCGGUUCGGCAAACGUCAUCGUGCACGAACGCCGUUUUCUCGCUCCGCCACCGGAGCCGCCACACAUGAAGGCAGCACAUUACACUAAACUGCGGCGCUGCCUGGCUGACCGGACAAAGCUUCGGCCAUUAUUAGUACGUGCGUGACUGUGACAGCGAGCGUAGGUCGGCUGUCGUCGUAACGGAGGUGCACCGGAGUGUGGUCGAUUUUCCGAUCCGCAAACGCAACGCCAGAGUGCGAAAACCACGUACGUAUUCGUACGAUGGGAAGAGAAUUGAUUAUUCAUUCGAGCCCAACUUCGAUCGCGUUUGCGUCAGUCAGUGUGUAGCCGAUUGAUUUUUCAAUAGUUGCAUCUGUCGUGUUAAUAAGUGUGUACGCUAUACGCUCACUGCAGCCACAAUACAAACAGUGAUGUUGUGCGAAACAGUGAUCCUAAUGGUUAAAAAUAAUGCCAGUCUGCCCAGUUAUUGCUUGCGCUAGACGUGAAUAAUAUUUAGACGGUGUCUUUUCUGCCGUCAUCAGCCGACAAGUGCGCGUGUGUGCGGUUUAUGGUUCCUGCUGGCACUGUCCGCCAACAGCACAGCAGCCGCUCUUGUGACGACGGUGGGGUCGGUUGUAGUUGUUGUUUAUUUGGCUAUUUGGUGUCGCUGUUACUUGGUUUGAUUUUUAGUAGUCGCCGUAUCCGCUGCCAGCAGCAACGCCAUCCUCACUGGCUACGUCUCCGACGACCGCGUUCAUCGACGAACGUAGCCGCCGUACUCAGCGUCGUCUUGACGCUGGUUAUGUUGCUUUGAUUGAAUAAACGAGCAGUGAAACCUGCUUGGGACUGCCCCGCGGCAAAGGACGGUCAACACAUCGCAUUGCCGCUUUGUUGCCUUCGCCUUUCGAGAGAAGAAAUUCCAGUUUACUCGCGGCCCCCGCCAAUGCGGGACAUUUCAACAUUUGGGAAAGGAAAGAAAGGCAGACAAAACCGCUGUUGACUGUUGUUGAUACGACAAUUGCGUGGAGGUACAAAAACGGGGGUAAUUUUACUGUUUACCUUGGCUCUCUCUCUCUCUCUCUUCUGCAAGCUUUAUGAGUGAUAGUGUGUAAAAGCGGCCACUACGAGCUGUGCAGUGCAACGUAUGUACGUUCUCAGUGUAUGCGAUGGUGUAUUAAUAAUAUAGUGUAGUUAAUUUAACAUGCACUUCUCAAGCUGCUAAAUCAGCAAAAGUACGAAAGGCUGCGUUCAUCAUCCAAUAGAAAUUCGUUCACCUGCGGUAAAGGACGUUUCGUGUCAUCGAUCCAACGACUCCCUGCCAACCGGCUAUGCUGGAUGCAGAAGUUUACAAACCCUGCGGUAACCAAAAAUGCUACCGGGCAUAACUAACCAACACGCGGAGCUAAUUGCAGCACUACCAGCGAACGUGUGUUGUUGCCGCUCCAGCCCCAGCACCAACCCGAUCGCACCCUGUCGUAUGUCCCUGGCACCUUAUUCGUGUCGCGGUGGUGUAACACGGUUGUUUCCAAGCGUUCCAAAGCGAUGCUUCACGGUUUAAUCCAAGCGCACCUACUGUGUCUCCGUUUGUGUUGCCAGCGUUGCACAAUAGCAUCGAGGUGCGGACAUUAUGCUAGAUUGCAACCGAGAACGACGCUCUACUAGCAGCUAUGCGAACGUGCUUAACGUGGUGUUGCAGAUUGCCACACUUCACCUGAACGUUGUCCUUGCGCUUUAGCUUCUCCUGGGUGCGUCGUCUGCAUGAAUGGAUUAUUCAAACCGUGAAGAUUUCUUUUCAAGUGACUUUUAGUCUGACGUUCGCGCAUUGAAAUUUUCUAUCAAACUUAAAGUUGAAGUUGAAGAUACAUACAGUGAAUGAGAAGGCACAACUCGGCAUAAACCAUUUUCGCGUGCAUCGGAAUCACGAACGAGGACAGCAAGUACGGUUCCGACUAUCCUUUGUUGGUGCAGCCCGCAGGAAGUCCUGGCUCGGUUGCUGAAACCCUCUUGGCAAGCUCCGACCGCCGAGUGGAUAACAUUAUAUAAUGAGAGGUCGACGAAUUCCGAUUGCACUACCAAACACUGGCGCACUGUCCCGUAGAAGACACACGCUGUACAUCCGUUCCGCCAUAAUUAUAUUCAUUCUGUUCGCGUUCCUGCAGUUCCAUGUGAUAAACUAUGACUCCUCCGACAGUGGAUCCAGCGACAAUGCCAACUAUUCCACGGCAGCGAUCCUGCAGAUGGUGCCGCCGGUAUUUCAUAAGUAUUUGACAGGAAAACCUCGCAAUUCUACGCACGGUCAAAAUGGUACACACUAUGCUGGCGAUGGGCCCAGGACGGCCAACAUUAGCGACAUCAUGCGCAUGAUAAAUCGCUACAACGACCUCCAGACUGUUCUCAACGAGGACAUCUACGGUCCAUUACAAAAUGAUUCUGUGAUAAUAGUAGUGCAGGUACACAAAAGAAUAACAUACUUGCGGCACUUAAUCGUAAGUUUGGCCCAAGCGAGGGGCAUUUCACGCACGUUGCUCGUCUUCUCGCACGACUACUACGACGAUGACAUCAACGAUCUGGUGCAGAGCAUCGACUUUUGUAAAGUAAUACAGAUAUUCUAUCCCUUCUCAAUACAAACACAUCCGACCGAGUUUCCCGGAGCGGAUCCCGGCGACUGCCCGAGGGAUAUUAAAAAAGAACAGGCGCUGCUGCGAAAGUGCAACAAUGCACUCCAUCCCGACCUGUACGGACACUACCGGGAGGCAAAGUUCACCCAAACCAAACACCACUGGUGGUGGAAGGCGAAUCGAGUGUUUGACCAGCUGGAAGUCACCAAGUACCAUACGGGUAUGAUGGUGUUUCUGGAGGAGGACCACUACGUUGCCGAGGACUUCCUAUACAUUCUUGAACUUAUGUUCCGAAAAUCGCAGGACCUGUGUCCGAAGUGCAACAUCCUAUCCCUAGGCACAUAUCUGAAAACAUUCAACUACUACACAUACAACAAGAAGCGUACACAGCCCUAUCGAGGUGGCUGGUACCCGGGCAAUGCAGCUAAGGUGGGCACUGUGCGAGAGGGGCUGCAGGCUUCUGCUGCAUUGCGCGAGCAAGGAUCUUUCGGGUCGUUUGCGGGAUCGUACAGUACGCUAAGCAGAAGUCAGUUAAAAGACGCCGCACGCCGCAUUCGGGCAACGGUUGAUGUCAGCACGUUGCUCGAUCAGAACCAAAAGACCCUCCGCCGCUCGCCGCCAGAUCUGCCCGCUUGGUACGAUCGGCCGCAGGUCGCACUGAUUGGACAGUCAGCAGCACACGUCAACGACAUUUCUAUCAAUGCUAAACGUAACGGUUUUCUGAAUCAUCCUUCCAAUUCACCGUCACGCCAACACAACAACAACAAUCCCUGGCAACAAUGGCGUCCGCUGCAGCAUCAGCAGCAACAGAAGCUGCUGCAACAGCAGCGGCAACUGCAGCAACAGCAGCAGCUCAUGCUUCAGAAACAACGCCAGCAGCAGCAACACCAGCAACAGCAGCAGCAACAGCAGCAGCAGCAAGAUCAACUAUCACAACAACAAUCGCUUCAGACCCAGGUCACUACUGAAAAGUAUGCGUCUCAAUCGCAGUGGGGAUACCAGGUGCUACCAACCCUGUACUCGAUCUAUCAGAAGGUUGAAGUAACGCCCUGGAUUAGCAGCAAGCACAACAUGGGCAUGACAUUCAACCGUACCACGUGGUAUGAGAUAGUACGCUGUGCGCGGCACUUUUGCGAGUACGACGACUACAACUGGGACUGGUCAUUGCAGCACGUGUCACAGCAAUGCCUCAAGCAGAAGCUGCACGUGAUGGUGGUGAAAGGACCGCGUGUCUUUCACAUUGGCGAAUGUGGCGUGCAUCACAAAAAGAGCAACUGUGAAUCGAACCAGGUGAUCUCGAAAGUGCAACAGGUGCUGAAGGUAGCACGGGGCGCUCAGCAACUAUUUCCCCGAUCGAUAUCGCUCACGCAGACGAGCGUCAUAAAGAAGACCAAGCUGCGCAAGGGCAACGGUGGCUGGGGCGAUCAGCGCGAUCAUCAGCUGUGCUUCAACAUGACCCUCGUUGGGCGGUAAUGGUCCAGAGUGGCAGCAGCUCCGCCCUCCGAAGCGCCUAGUUCCCGGAGUAACACGCACAUUCCUUGCUGUCCUUUGGGCCAAUACUGGCGAGACACGCAAUGCAACACUACAACGACGGUGGGAAGAAUCGAAGAAUCGUUAAGCAAGGGAGGAAGUAGCAGCACUUACGUUGUAAGUAAGUAGUGCGCAAACCAUUGCAAACCGAAUGAUGGACCGGAAUGAGGCAAGACCAAAGUUACGUUUUAGGUUCGCGUUUGUUUUAGCGUAUCGUUUCAACUAGCCAAUUGUUCGAAUUAUUCACCUUUUGUUGCUACACAUAGUAAGACAAUGUGCAAUGGUAAUGUGGUAGAUUUUAUGAAACGUUACCAAAAAAGGCCAACUGAAGGUAGUAUUAGGGGGUAGGUUUAGAUUACGAUUAAGUAAAAAAAUGAAAGAAAAAGACAGAACCUAAGACUUGCAAGAGCUAAAGUAAAGCUCUCACGUGCUGCUGUUGACGCGAUGUUUCUUGUUAAAAAGUGUUAUUUUAUUUUACCUUCUUCUUGUUUUGCCCACGUUUGUGUACGAUUGUUAUUGAGUUUGUAGGAAAGCAUUUUACCUAAGUAUGCAAUCACACAAAAGGUUGCGCGAGUAAACUGACAAAUGGUCUCAAUAGGCUCGAAUAGAUGCAUCUCAACCCAACCGAUGCCGCACUAGUCCUGGAUGUUAGUGUCCUACUUGAUUUGCUAGUUGGCCGCAGCUUUCCGGUAGCAACAUUAAUUUUAUAUAAAAAUCAAUUAGACGAUGAGUUUGAUUUGUGUUGAGCAACAGUAGUGGCGCAAAUGAUACAUCCAACAGAUUCGAAUGUUACGGUUACUGUACACUUAACGUCUGCAGAUAAUGUUAAUUGUUAGCAUUGUCCCGCUGUCCCUGUUUUUGGCGAUAGAACGAUACGUGUAAUGUUAGGUGUAUUUGGUAAGGAAUACAAUAAACUUUAAAGUGGACGGCACAGAAGUAUAAAUAAAUAGAACGAAUGUAAAUACACUA